CCACACUUUCCUUUCUUUGUCAGAUCAUUUCUUGGUAAAACAUGAACGUGGUUAAUUCGGUUUUAGUUUAGGAAUAUUUUUAAUGCCAAAAAGUCGAAAGGGCUCAAAUGUAUUCGGCGUUUGAAGCGCUCCUCACAGAACGCGGAUCUGACGUCACUGAACGCUGAGCUUGACGCGCAAGUACCCAGACUGCUGCGCGCAAUUGCGCUUCAUUCAACUGCGGUUGAGGUUCGAUGCGGGUGCGGAAUCUUUUCUCUACAGUUGUUAAAAUGGGACGAUUCCUGGUUAAAUAAACGACUAAUAACGACAAAAGAGGAUUUAUUUUUUUGAUUUUCGUAUAUUCUUGCUUAAGUUUUUGUUAUCUUAUUGCGAAUUUUUCUGUUAUCUGUCAAAUAACUGGAUUAAUUUUGCAUUAUGAGUAACAUUUCUCCUCACGUUUUCGCCAAGAAAUGAUUAGGAACCCGUGACCGGAUCGCUUCAGUUACUUUACUGUCAACGAAACGAAUAUGGCAAAAAAUAUUACAGACGUCCCGAGGGAUAAUUUAAGUAAGAUAUCGGAUGAAGAGCUACUUAAAUGUAGCAAAGAAGAGCUUCUCAGGAGACUCCGAAAAGCGGAUAACGAGAAGAUGAACUUGAUGGCGGAGCAUGGGAACAUGAUGAAGGACGUUAACCGCAGACUGCAAGUGCAUCUCCACGAGAUACGGAGUUUGAAGGAGGUCAACCAGAAACUGCAAGAGGACAACCAGGAGCUUAGGGAACUGUGCUGCUUUUUGGAUGAUGAUCGGCAGAAAGGGAAAAAGCUUUCAAGGGAAUGGCAGAGAUUUGGCAGGUAUACCGCCAGUGUUAUGUGGAAGGAGGUUAGCGUGUUCCAGCAAAAACUGAAAGAUCUGGAAGCUGGACAGGAGAGUCUAAUGAAAGAAAAUACAGAGUUGAAGGAGAUAAUUGUAAUGUUGGAUGAUGAGAGGAAUGGGGCUGGAUCUAGGAGCUCCAUAGACAGCCAGUCUAGUUUGAAUAACCUGAAUGGUGGCUCUGGUACAGUGAGAGAUGUUGGAGAUGGGAGCAGCACAUCCAGUACUGGUAGUGCUGGAAGUCCAGAUCACCAUCACAUUCAUCUUCUUAAGCCUUCAGAGGGCAAGAUGGUGUCUAUACGAAGGUCUAUGGAUGAUCUGUCCACAAACCAUAUGCUUAGGACCAUACCCAAUGGACAUAAUGAUUCUUCUUCAAACUACAUUCACCAACUAGAGACUAAAGUCCGGAUUUUAGAGGAUGACAACAAACAGCUGUUAUCUCAGCAGGGGAACGUUGGAGAUCUGAAGACGCUUCGGAAAGGGUUGUCCCUGUAUCACUCAGAGUCCCAGCUCACCUCGCUUUCUCAGUAUCAGGACACAUUACCGAACGGUUCUACACGGAUGUCUGGAGGGGAUCUGCCAUCCCCUGUCACAGGAUACUUACCCGCAGCACAGAAACCUGAAGCUGUAGUACAUGCCAUGAAAGUAUUGGAGGUGCAUGAAAACCUGGAUAGGAAAAUCUCAGAGGACUAUGAGGAGGACCUUAGUGAGAAAGAGAAAGCAAUUGUUAGACAGAUGUGUAAUGUGGUGUGGCGUAAGCUCGGUGACGCGACGGGAUCGAAACCCUCCAUCCGCCAACAUCUCUCUGGGAAUCAGUUCAAAGGCCCUUUGUAGCUCCGUGUCAAUGACCAGCAGAGCUUUGAACAAACAAAUAAAUCUGUGAAUAUGACAAGAGGAACAGACAGUCUCAAAACUAGGCAACUUUGCAUCUACUGCCAGCUUCUCUUCUCUCUGCCCAUUGCAUUCAGCUGACAUGUCAGUCCUAUUGCAGCUGGUAGAAUAUACAGUAAUAUUUAAAGGUUUCACUACAAGCACAAGCAAAAUAAUAGAUCGAUUUAUCUGCAUACCAUACCAGUAUUCAGAAAAGGCAGCUUAAUAUAUUCGUGUUUUAUUCCAGCUAUAGAAAAAAGCACAGGGCUUAGAUUACAUCUCUUAAAACCACUCCAACAUAAUUUAACUAUUUCACUCCUAAAAACUCUUAGAUUUUGACCACUACAUAUUAUUCAUGGUUAUGGCAGGCAAUAAAAUUCCAGUUUCUUCCUUGAAAAAAAUAUAUUGAAUCACCAAAGCCACUGGAAGUUCAUUUGCAACCUAUUAGCUCAGGUUCCCAUACUUUACAUUUAAUAAGUCAGUAAAAACUUAAUUCUAAAAACUUAAAGGUGCAUUGUGUACAUUUUAGAAGGAUCUCUUUACAGAAAUGCAAUAUAAUCCACAUAACUAUAUUAUCAGUGGUGUAUGAAGACCUUACAAAAUAAACUGUAUUGUUUUUAUUACCUUAGAAUGAGCCGUUUUCAUCUACAUACACUGCGGGUACCCUUACAUGGAAGUUGCUGCCAUGUUUCUACAGUAGCCCUAUAUGGACAAACUGUUCAUUAGCAUGCUACGUUUUGUCACAGACGAUGACGUUUGUUCUGUGGCGGCUAACGUAGCUUUUCUAUGCGUUUCGAAAGGGAGGGGUGAGCUGUGGACUGAGCUGUUGGUUGCAAUUCACAGUCUCACCACUAGAUGCCGCUAAUAAUCUACACAGUGGACCUUUAAAUUUCAUUUACUAUUAAAUAAAUUUUGUAAUAAAUGUUAUAAAGCUAAACAAAUUGAAGUCACAAAGUUGCAAGGAAUAUGUAAUGUAUUGACAAUCAUGAUUAAUUGAAGCUGCUUUCAGUUUUGUUGUCAAAUGAAAGCAAAUAUGGCCAAGCACUCUAAACGAUGCAUAUGAGACUUUAUGGCUUUGUGGUGACAUGUAUACACCCCUUCCUUUAAAGUACUAUUCAAUCUAUAUGAGGUCUAUAGAUUACUGUUGUCCUUUUUGUACAAUUCUACCUUCUAGAUACUUAAUAGGUGCAAUAGUCAAACCGAGAAGAUACUGUAUUGGCUGUGGGAGUAUUAUGUGCUUUCAUUUCAGUCUGGAAUAGCGUAACUGAUUCAAGUUUACAGUUCUGGGUAUCUUCAAUACAAUAUCUUUAAAAGCAGUCGUAUGAUGAAACUUUAGCACGUGCGGUUUUAAUGAAGUAAAGUAGGUGGUGAUUGGAGCAUGUAAAAUACCUCAGCCAAUCACACUGUCCCUUACACAUAGCUUAACAUUUCUGCACAUAGUUAAAACAUUAUACAAUCGAGCCCUAGGUGUUAAAAACACGCUAUGCGGUUUUAUUGUUAAUAAUAAGGUUUCGCUGAGUUUUAUUUCUGUUCCAUAGACUUAGUUCAUGAGACCACCACGCAAUAUGUAUAUGAGAUAGCACAGUUUUGUGUGUAUUUGAUCUCUAUAGAAAUCUUAUGAAUGGACGAUUUUAGUUAAAUAAGGGAUGCAGUAAAUGAUUUUGAGUUUGUAAAUGAGAUCUGCCUCAAAAGAUACUUGCUGCAUUCAAACAAAUGAUCUUUUUUGAAAACCAGUGACCCAAUAAGCCAUAAUUUUGUAUUGUUCGUUUAAAUCAAAGCUAUUUUGAGCUUUGCAGAAAUCCGUCAAACGAUCAAGUUAUUUUUGUAUUAAAUCUGCGAUUGUUUGAAAGUUUCAUUCAUUUGUAUAUUUAUAAGAGCACUUUCACAGUGCUAAAUUGAAUUAACAUUCGUAUUGGAUGGUUUUGUUCACCUUAGAUGCAGCAGGUGGCUUUUGGCAGCGCGUUAACUUGUUUGUUCUACAUUUAAGUGGACAAAAUGAGCAGCAAACAUUUUAAAAAGGAAAGACUAUAAUUACGCAUUUACGUAUAGACCUUUUAUAAUUAUGUAUUUGCGUAUGGAGGUUUUUUGAUAAUUAAGAUGUGUGAUCAAAACAGUAUAAAUUGUCUCACAGUACCUAAAAAAAAUAGGUACACCCAUUUCUAAAAACUAUUUUAUUUUUGAUUUUGUUUUUUAAGUGUCAUUUAUAAACAGAUAUCGUCUACACAACUACUGAUUUUUGAUUAUAUUUGUUCAUUUAAAAGCACAAAAGAAUCUGAAAUGCUGUUAUUUUCUUUUUUUCAAAUGCACUGCUUCUUUUGUGAAUAAGGAUUUGAUAUGUUUAAAUUGUUUUUAAAUUCAAUGUUCGGUUUAGCUUGUCUGUAUGUUAAAUAUAAAACUGUAUUCUAGGACAUACAAUUCAGUGCUAUGUAAAUAACUUACUGUAGAAUACCUGUAACUAGCAUGUUUAUAUAUUUUAAUAAGCUGUAUGUAGCCGAGAAUGGACCUGUAUUUUAGCAGAUAAAUAAAUUGCAAUAACCCUCUUGUAGGUUCAAAAGAAAA